ACAAUAUACUACAUUAAAUUCAUUAAGAUCAAGCUAGCAGUUUAGAAUUAGCUUCCUCUCGUGCUCAAAUCCACCUGUAAACAAGGAUAAUGUUUGCUGAGAUGUAUAGUUUUCACAAUGCAAAAAUGAGGGACGCAGAAAAAACACAUACUCGAGACAUUUGCACUGUGUUUAAAUGACGUGUCCAAACAAAGUAACAUUUGUUAAACAAAUCACCAACUCUGUGUGACUAUUUAGGAAGAGAAAACAUCCUACCUGACUCAAACGUCGCUGAAUUCGUCCGUGUCGUCACCGGAAGUCUCUCCCAUUCGGCGUUUGAGCGGCAAUUAAGCGACUUUUGCUCGUCGGCUAAUGGUAUUUAAGCUAAUGAUAUUUAAGCAUACGCGCACCGGCGCACCGAACUAACGGUCGGGGUGACACUGUAUACACAUAUAACGUUCAGAAGCCGAAAACAAAGUAUAAAGCACACAUUUAUAACUCACGACAAAACAUAACAAUGUUCAGCAGUCAUUUGCCGGUUCAGUUCUUCUUCUCCGCGUAAACAGACCGGCAACCCGGAAGUACAGCGCUUCUUAGAGGCACAGGCGAGAGCGGGAAGAGCACUUUUAUCAAACAAAUGAGGAUCAUCCACGGGGGAGGCUACAGCGAGGAGGACAAGAGGAGCUACGCCAAGCUGGUCUACCAGAACAUCUACACGUCCAUGCAGACCAUGCUGAGGGCCAUGCACACAAUGCACCUGCCUUUUGAUCACACACACAACCAGAACAGCGCCACCAUGAUCCUGGAGGUGGAGGUGGACAAGGUGGAGGACUUGGAUCAGAACCACGUGGACGCCAUCAGGGGUCUGUGGACGGAUGGCGGCGUGCAGGAAUGCUACGAGCGCCGGCGGGAGUACCAGCUGUCUGACUCCACCAAAUAUUAUUUGACAGAACUGGAGCGGAUCGCGCAGCCCUCCUAUGUACCCAGUCUCCAGGACAUCCUACGGGUCCGGGUUCCCACCACGGGAAUAAUCGAGUACCCCUUUGACAUGGAGAGCGUCAUCUUCAGGAUGGUGGACGUUGGGGGUCAAAGAUCGGAGCGCAGGAAGUGGAUCCACUGCUUCGAGAACGUCACCUCCAUCAUCUUCCUGGUGGCGCUGAGCGAGUACGACCAGGUUCUGGUUGAAUGCGACAACGAGAACCGCAUGGAGGAGAGCAAGGCGCUGUUUAAGACCAUCAUCACGUACUCCUGGUUCCAGCGCUCAUCCGUCAUCCUCUUCCUCAACAAGACUGACAUCCUCAAGGAGAAGAUCAUGCACUCCCACCUGGCAGACUACUUUCCACAAUUCACCGGCCCUCGCCAGGACGCGGUGUCCGCCCAGGAGUUCAUCCUAAAGAUGUACCAGGAGCAAAACCCGGACAAAGACAAGACGCUCUAUCCUCACUUCACCUGCGCUACGGACACGGAAAACAUUCGCUUCGUCUUUGUGGCCGUCAAAGACACCAUCCUGAGACACAACCUCAAGGACUUCAACCUGGUCUGAAAGACAACAAAAAACUCACAAGGGGGCCGUUCCUGUUACGGCUUUCAGGUGCAAGAAGAAUAUA